CCCCAUUGGGGCUGCUACGGAGCUACCGUUUUCGAAACACCAACAAACGAAGACACCAUCGCAAGAGUUCAUCUUCAAGACACCCAAAGUGGACUCAGAACCUCAUUGACCACGGCCGCGAAGCUAGCGGUAAGCGCAUUUUUAAUUCUUCAAUGGCAAGCCGAAAGAGUGGCAGCAUUCAGGUCAAAUUUGUGGGGCACGAUGCUGCCGGUCUGCCUGUAAAGAGAAAACAAGUUCAUCAUGCCUGCACCCCUUGCAGGAAAAGAAAGAAACGCUGCGAACACGUCCUCGGCGAGGAGAGAAUCGCCGUCAAAGAUGCCGCCCAGAGCGAGGGCAACCCCCCAGCAGAUGCCGACGCCUCUGAUGCUGCCGCCCAGCUCCUAUGCUUCUUCCAUCAGGUUUCCGACAAGACGGUCAAUCGAGCCGACGACAGUCAAGUCCGACCGCAAUCUCAGCAUCUGGAGACGUCGCCGCCGUUUCUUGGGGACCUCAAUCCGGAGUCUAUCCUCGUCGAAGCAACCAUGGGCGCCCCCGUGAAUCCCAGAACACCCGAGACAGACCAGCAGAGCCAUAUUAUACAAGAAACACCGGGGAUAGCAUCUUCCGCUUCCCCUAAUCUGCAGCAGCAGCUUCCCACUCCAAACAAAGAAUCCACGGAGACUGAGCCUUCCGCUCUUGUCGGCGUCCUUGGCUCGUUUUGUUGGAUGCCUGAUGGAGAAGAGUCAAGAACCAAAGUCCGAGUUCAAGACACAACACACUUCGCCGCUCUAGCUCAGAGUUUUGCUAACCGUGUGCUCGCCGACAAGGUGAUGCCCACUGGCGUGGAAUGGAGAGCCUUGAGGGAUCUGUAUCUUACCAAGAUCCAGCCAAUCUUCCCCAUAUUUGAGGAGUCCACCCUCAUUGACCUUCCCGCCGAGACCAACCUCCGUCAGCUCAUUAUGGCGGGUGUGUGUCUCGCCGCAGCAAGCGAUCCGGAAGCUCGCGCCCUGUUGACGUUUGAGAAGGGACCAGCUCGGCGGGCUUCCGGCGACUCUGCCAUUGAGGGCAUCCUCGGACCUGCUUCUCGUGGUACUGGCGGCGAGAAACAGCCCACGCAGCCCAGCAACAGGGCUCCCAGGGCUCGUGUCAUCGUUCUCUUCGAGGAGUACUCGCGGGAAAUGGCCAAAUUCAUCAACCGUCGCCUCACAGAGCUGCGCGAGAUGCAUCAGCUCCCACUCAUCUACGAGAUCCAGGUUCUAGCGAUAACCUGCCUCUACUGGCAGCCGGCAGAUCCCAAGGAACGCUUUGAGCCGCUUUGUCUCUUUGCUAGACUUGUCAGCCUAACCCACACCCACGGCAUCCAUCUGGAACUCUUGUACAGGGCUCAUCCGGAUGGCCAGACCGCUGACAAGGACGCCGGGCGAAGGUUGUUCAAAUGCUUGUACGCGCUAGAUCGAUUGCUCGCCACUUUCUCUGGCCGGCCUGUCAUGUUCCACAACUACGACUUGAUCAGACUCCCUGUUCCGGACGAUAAAGAUCCGCCCAGUUUCAGGCUGUUCAUGUCGUUGAUCCUUCUUCUAGACCAGGUUAUGGAGUUGUACCGGCCGUACCCCAAGGUCACUUAUGUUGAUGUCCCGGUGUUUGAGCGCUUGGCUAUUGAAGCCAAAGCGCAAUGCGAGCCGGAAAUCAUUCUAGGUAUGUACCGCUUCGAGAGUUCCUGCGACAAUCCACCCUCUGCGACUUGGGCUGACAGUAUGUGCGUAGUCACCCUCGAGGUCCUUUACCACGCCAUCUGCGUCCUCUCGGUGCGGAUGCCACGCCAUCGUUUUAGGACUGCGCCCGAGUGCGACACCCUUCCGUGCCCAAGUUACCAACACCUGCCCCCGAGCGGUGUGAACGCUCGGAGAUCCCACUCCGCCGACCGCAUUCUCGACGUUAUCCAAGAUUACAAGCUCAGCCCAAUGCCAUUUGUUCCCUACGCACUCACGCUCUCACUCAGCGUAGCAUAUCGCAAAUGGCGCUUCAGUCGACUGCCCAUGUUCCGUACCAGAGGCGGGGCUGACUUUAAGAAGGUGCUGCCUGUCCUGCAGGAGAUGGGCAAGAUAUGGAGCAGUGCCCGACUGAAUGCUCAGCUUGGUCAAGCUGUCAUGUUGAAACUUGAUCGAAACGAGAUCCUGCACAGGAAACGCCCAAAAGGUGCCGCCGAAGGUACUCGGGCCAAAAACAGUGAGCGAGGACAAGAUGGCGAGCAGGAGGUGCCGCGCAACGGCAGGGAUGGCAACAAAAGAGCCUCAGGUACCCAUAUUGAUAACGAAAAGGAGCUCGCCGACGAGUCGAGUUCUCGCAUGCCUACUGAACCAAUAGCAGGGAACAGUAUCCAUGCAACAGCCAAUAACGAGGCGACCGUGGAGCCGCAACCCGGUCUCGACGCGGCCGCUCCCUCAGCCACAACCGCCUCUCCAACAGACCAACCCCCGUUGCGGGCCGUCUGGAACCCUCCGGCAAACCCCGUCCCUUCCUUCAUGAAUGAAAGCGCUGCAUCAGACGCCAUACCAAUACCAGGGCACUUCACUCAUCCGACGAAAGUGGUCGAUGGGUUUCCGUCCAUGGGUGGCAUGUCCGAGUAUGACCUGAAUUCCUUCCUCGACGACGACGACGCUCUGUUUCGAUCUUGGGAUCCUAAGUUUGCCCAGUCGGUAGACUUUUCGUUCAGCAGCAACUUGGAUCCUGGCAACCCGUUCGCUUGGCCGGAAUAUUGUAACUACUCGCCCUGAGAUGACAGGGAGGCGGCGGGCAAAGAACUCUUAUACCCGACCGAGCCGAAUGGCGGGAUACUUCCUUACCGUCCCGGGAGACCGCCGGUCCGACCACUUCCGGCACUCCUGCCAAGUGCUGCAUUCCUGAACUGAAAAUGGAUCGUGUACUCCCAACGCCGCAAAGGGUUCAUGCUAUAGUUUUUCAGAAAGUUGCAGGACACGCAAUUGGCAACGAUCCCCGAGAGAAAGUGGUCCCCAGAUAUACCAAGACCGGGCCAGUUUUGAUCUUUGUACGAUUCAAAGAUCCAACUUCAGAUUAGCCACAACUUACUUAGGCCUGCUUAGCUCCGUGUACAUACAUCGGUGA